AUGGAAGUUGUGGCUGCAAUUGUAGGUUCAACUCUGACAGAGCCAUUUCGGCUUCUGUUUAGAUCCAUCUGUGCUAAGAUCAAGAAUGUGUUCAAGAACCAUUCCAAUUACAAGGAUCUCGAGAGAAACAUGGAAUCUCUAUUGAAACUCAAACAACUCCUAGAAGAUGAUGAGCUUCAGCAUCACCUACCAAGAAUUCAAGUGGAAGAAUGGUUAAGGAGAGUUGAAAGUUUGAGUAAUGAAUUCAGUCCUGUGCAGUCAGGAAUAAUGGCAAAUGGCGAUACAACUAGUCCCUCUGGUUGCAUUUGCUCAUCAGUGGAUUGCAAAUUGAGCAAAAAUAUGGCGAAAUGGCGGGUGGAAGCAAAGCAUCUGAUGGAAGCUGGAAGAGAGUUUGAAAACAGGACAGUGGGUGUCAAUAAUCCUCCACCUAUUCCAGUUGAGCAAAUUCCUGUGCCAUCAAUCGAAGGUCAACCAACUUGCAUGAGAAAUCUGUCAGAGAUGAUGAAUUUGUUGAGAAAUGGUGAGGCUAAGAGGAUUGGUGUUUGGGGCAUGGGAGGCAUUGGCAAAACUACUCUGAUCAAGAAUCUGAACAACGAGCUUAGCAAGACAGAAAAUCAUCAACUUUUCAGCAUUGUGAUAUGGGUUGUGGUAUCCCAACAGAAAAGCUUAAAAGCCAUCCAAUCACAAAUCGCGGAGAGAUUGAAUAUGAAGAUCAAAACGGAAGAGAGUGAACAUGGAGUAGCCACUCGACUGCACACCAGACUGGAGAAAGAAAAAAGCUUUCUUCUGAUUCUGGAUGACGUAUGGGACGAAGUCAAUCUCGACCUCGUAGGGAUUCCUCGCCUCGAAAACCAUACCGGGGGUAAGCUCAUACUAACUUCACGGUUUUUAGACGUUUGUCGACAAAUGUUGACUGACACCGAUUUUGAACUGAGUCGGUUGAGCCAAGAAGAAGCUUGGAGUUUGUUUUCUCAACAUGUUGGGGAAGAAGUGAUGGGUGAUGACCAAAUCAAGCCGUGGGCGGAGGCAGUUAUUAGGGAAUGUGAUGGAUUGCCCCUUGCAAUAAUUGUGGUCGGGGCAUCUAUGCGGAGAAAGAGAAACAUUGCAUUGUGGAAAGAUGCACUCGAUGCCUUACGAAGAUCAGUGCCUCGUCGUAUUCAAGGGGUUGAAGAAAAAGUGUACAAUCCUCUCAAGUGGAGCUAUGAUUCUUUAGAAGGUGAGCAUUUGAAACCUUGCUUUUUGUUUUUCUGCUUGUUUCCAGAGGACUAUGAAGUUGAUGUUCAUACGCUAGUCCAAUACUGGCUUGCCGAAGGUGGUUUACUUGACGAGCUACACACUUAUGAGCAAUUAUAUGAUCGAUGUGUUACGAUUGUUGAGAGCCUAAAAGACUCUUGUUUGUUGGAAAGAGGUUUUGUUAAUCCAAAUUCUGUGAAGAUGCAUGAUGUAGUUCGCGAUGUUGGGAUAUGGAUAGCAUCCUCCUUAGAGGAGGAUAGGUGCAAAUCCUUUAUUCGUGCCGGGGUUGGUGAGACGUGGAUAUCAGAGCAGCAUCUCUUGAAUUUUUGCUCGGGCAAAGUGAAGAGAGUUUCUUUCAUGAAUAAUAAUAUAGCAAGUCUGCCAAACUGCGAGGUACAAUGUGUUGUUGUUGAAGCAUCCACCUUAUUUCUGCAAGGUAACAAGAACCUACUUGAAGUGCCUAACUCCUUUUUACAAGGAUUUCGAGUGCUAAGAAUCUUGGACUUAAGUGGGAGCAAAAUCAAAUUCUUGCCAGCCUCUCUUCUUCAACUUGGUGAGCUUCGAGCUCUCGUUUUGGAAGGGUGUAAUGAAUUGUCCGAGUUGCCACCCUUGGCAAUGCUUGGAAAGCUACAAGUACUUGAUUGUAGUGACACUGCUAUUGCUAAAUUGCCAGAAGACUUUGAGAGGAUGACGAGCCUACGGCAAUUAAGCUUAUCCCACACUCAUAAGUUGCAGAAAAUUUGUAUUGAGAAAAUUUCCAACUUAUGUAAUCUGGAGUUUCUAAAUAUGAUAAGCAGCGCUGCUAGAUGGGGAACGAGGAAAACAAACGAGGAAAGCAUACCGUUUGAGGAGUUGCUAUGCCUGGAUCGAUUAAAUGCUUUUUUCAUCGUCUUAGAAGACAUCCCUCAUUUCACCACCGGGCAUGUUUCCUGGCUUGGGAGAAUUAACAAUUUCACUGUUGAUGUCUGUCCUAACCGCGAGCUUAAAAGACAAAAAUCAUAUCCGGUUGUUAAUAGCAAGGAAGUAUCUUUCUACGACAUUCGUUUCUCGGGAGAUGAAUCAGUUGGGUGGUUGUUAGUAAAUGCUUUUUCCUGCAAAAUUGAUGAGUGUAAGGAAGUCGAUCUCAUCCUUGGCAACUUGGUUAGGAACAGCGUCAACCUUGGUCCCUUUGCUCACUUGAAGGACUUGAGCAUAUCUAAUUGUUGCAUUUCUGUCCAACCGGGGCAAUGUGUUGCGCAAUUUGAUCUGUUACCAAAUUUAGAGAAACUUAGUUUCUUCGACUUGGGUGGAUUAGAAAGCCUUUCAGACUUGAGCAAUUUGCUUGGGCUGCAUUUCACUAAGCUCAAGUAUAUACGAGUUUGUUACUGUGAUCAACUGGAGAAUUUCCUGAGAACAGAUGAUGAAACUGUUAGAAAGCUUGAAAAAGUGGAUCAAAUCGAUAUAGAAAGUUGCAUGAAACUGACACAAGUUUUCAAGAAUGCAUCAUCAGACAACUUUGUUCCAAACUUACAAUCCAUGCAUUUGAUUCUACUCCCCGCACUAGAAGCGAUUUGCGAAGCAGAUGUAUCAUCAUGGGAAAGUCUAAAGGUGCUUGAAGUGAAAGGAUGCAAUAUGUUGCGGAAGCUGCCUCUUGGUAUUCAAAAUGCAGAGAGUAUUCAAGUGAUCGAGGGCGAACAAAAUUGGUGGGAUGGGCUAGAAUGGGAUAAUGAAAAUUCCAAGAUUCGCCUACAAUCACUCUUUAUAGAUAUGUGA